UUCACAGUCAUUCUUCCCAAGGCCGGGGGGCCGAGAGGUUGGGGGAGACUUAUCUGGCAGGGAGCCCCCAAAUGAGCCACCUCUCCUCACCCCCCCCAAAACACAAGGGGGAGCACAAAGGCCACAGUCUCCCCCGUGGCUCAGAAAGGGGUAGCUCCUCCCGGGACAAGGACCGGAGUGCGUCGGUCAGUAGUUCAGGGCCCAUGCCUGCGGGAGGAAAGGGAAGCCGGCCCAGCUGUCCCCCGUCCGCGCCCCAGAAGACCCCCAACCGCCUGAUUAAUGAGAAGUCACCGUACCUCCUACAACAUGCCUACAAUCCCGUGGACUGGUACCCCUGGGGACAGGAAGCCUUCGACAAGGCCAGGAAAGAAAACAAACCAAUUUUCCUUUCAGUGGGGUACUCCACCUGCCACUGGUGCCACAUGAUGGAGGAGGAGUCCUUCCAGAACGAGGAGAUCGGCCGCCUGCUCAGCGAGGACUUUGUCUGUGUGAAGGUCGACCGCGAGGAGCGGCCCGACGUGGACAAGGUGUACAUGACGUUCGUGCAGGCCACCAGCAGUGGUGGGGGCUGGCCCAUGAACGUGUGGCUGACCCCCAACCUCCAGCCCUUUGUCGGGGGCACCUACUUCCCUCCCGAGGAUGGCUUGACCCGAGUAGGCUUCCACACAGUGUUGCUGAGAAUACGGGACCAGUGGAAACAGAACAAGAACACGCUGCUAGAAAACAGCCAGCGUGUCACAACCACCCUGCUGGCCCGGUCGGAGAUCAGCACGGGUGACCGCCAGCUGCCGCCCUCUGCGGCCACCAUGAACAGCCGCUGCUUCCAGCAGUUGGAUGAGGGCUAUGACGAGGAGUAUGGUGGCUUUGCAGAGGCCCCCAAGUUUCCGACACCAGUGAUCCUGAACUUCCUGUUCUCCUACUGGCUCAGCCAUCGAGUGACCCCGGACGGCUCUCGGGCCCAGCAGAUGGCCUUGCACACCCUGAAAAUGAUGGCCAACGGGGGUAUCCGAGACCAUGUGGGGCAGGGCUUUCACCGCUACUCCACGGACCGCCAGUGGCACAUCCCACACUUUGAGAAGAUGCUCUAUGACCAGGCACAGCUCGCGGUGGCCUAUUCGCAGGCCUUCCAGAUCUCUGGUGAUGAAUUCUACUCUGAUGUUGCCAAAGGCAUCCUGCAGUACGUGUCUCGGAACCUGACCCACCGGUCUGGAGGCUUCUACUGUGCGGAGGACGCAGACUCGCCCCCAGAGCGGAACAUGCGUCCCAGAGAGGGUGCCUUCUAUGUGUGGACGGUCAAGGAGAUCCAGCAGCUCCUGCCUGACCCUGUGCCGGGGGCCACCGAGCCUCUGACCUCCGGCCAGCUCCUCAUGAAGCACUACGGGCUCACGGAGGCCGGCAACAUCGGCUCCACUCAGGACUCCAAGGGGGAGCUGCAGGGCCAGAACGUGCUGACUGUCCGGUACUCGCUGGAGCUGACCGCUGCCCGCUUCGGCUUGGACGUGGAGGCCGUGCGGACCCUGCUCAACGCGGGGCUGGAGAAGCUCUCCCAGGCCCGGAAACACCGGCCCAAGCCCCACCUAGACAACAAGAUGCUGGCCGCCUGGAACGGCCUGAUGGUGUCCGGCUAUGCUGUGACCGGGGCUGUCCUGGGCCUAGACAAGCUGGUCAACUGUGCCACCAAUGGUGCCAAGUUCCUGAAGCGGCACAUGUUUGAUGUGGCCAGUGGCCGCCUCAUGCGGACCUGCUACAGCGGCUCAGGGGGGACUGUGGAGCACAGCAAUCCACCCUGCUGGGGCUUCCUGGAGGACUACGCUUUCGUGGUGCGGGGCCUGCUGGACCUGUACGAGGCCUCACAGGAGAGCUCGUGGCUCGAGUGGGCGCUGCGGCUGCAGGACACGCAGGACAGGCUCUUCUGGGACGCCAAGGGUGGCGGCUACUUCUGCAGUGAAGCUGAGCUCGGGGCUGGCCUGCCCCUGCGUCUGAAGGAUGACCAGGAUGGCGCAGAGCCCAGCGGCAAUUCCGUGUCGGCCCACAACCUGCUUCGGCUGCACGGCUUCACGGGCCACAAGGAUUGGAUGGACAAGUGCGUGUGCCUGUUGACCGCCUUCUCAGAGCGCAUGCGUCGUGUCCCGGUGGCACUGCCCGAGAUGGUCCGCACCCUCUCAGCCCAUCAGCAGACCCUCAAGCAGAUCGUCAUCUGUGGAGACCGCCAGGCCAAGGACACCAAAGCUCUGGUGCAGUGCGUCCAUUCUAUGUACAUCCCGAACAAGGUGCUGAUUCUGGCUGAUGGGGACCCCUCGAGCUUUAUGUCCCGCCAGCUGCCCUUCCUGAGUACCCUUCGACGGCUAGAAGACCGGGCCACUGCCUACGUGUGUGAGAAUCAAGCCUGCUCCCUGCCCGUCACUGAGCCCUGCGAGUUACGCAAACUACUACAUCAGUGAAGCCCCCUUGGGUUGGGGCAGAAGGUAGAGUUUCCCAAACAACCAGUGACUUUAGGCCCUCAAGGACUCUGCAGAACCUGUGGCCAUCCCUGGGCACUCUGCCACCAGGUGAUCCCGGCCAUCCUCACUGCCUCCCCGUGGGCACCCGCUCAACCUCAAAUAAAUCAAACAGCGUCCCGCGGUAA